AUGGUACGUGCAAAGGGGCCCAGGGGCCGAGUAGGUUCGCGACGCUCACGCGCGCAGGGUUCCAAAGCCGACGACGUCGUGCCGCAAGACAGCAGGCCGAUCGAAAGCUUCGAGCAGCUUUCGAGCUUCGCAAACCGGCAGGUUCCCGUCGUCACCAUGUUCAGCGGCGGACUGGACAGCACGUACCUGCUGCUUCGGCUUCAGGAGCUCGGCUUCACCGACAUCCACGCCGUCGCCGUCGACGUCGGGUCUCCGGUGGACGAGGACGGCCUCGCCAAGCACGCCGGCCACUUUGGAGCCAAGUUUGCACUCCUCGACGGUCGCGAGGCGUUCGUGAACGAGGGCGUCAUGCCCGCCAUCCGCGCCCACGCCACGUACAUGGGCAUGUUUCCCAUCAGCAGCUCGCUCACCCGUCCGGUCAUCGCGCGGCUCGUCACGGACUACGCCAAGAGCGUCAAGGCAGGUCUGCUGCUCCACACGGCCAACCUGUCGCAGAACAGCCUGCCGCGGCUGAACAACUGCAUUCGGCGCCUGGGCUUCGGCGGCCGGUUCGGAAGCCCGUAUCCGCAGUCGGUCGUCUCUCGGGAGAGGAAGGCCGAGGAGCUGUCGGCGGCGGGGCUGAGCGUCAUGUCGGAGCGCAAGCUCAGCGGCGACGAGAACCUGUGGUGCCGGGAGUUUGAGGACGGGCCCCUCGGCGACCCCGAGGGCUUCCGCAUCCCCGAGGAGGCCUACCAGUGGACCCGACGGCGCGGCGAUCAGGCGAGCCAGAAGCUCACGCUCGGCUUCGAGGACGGCAACCUCGUGUCGGUCGACGGCAAGACGGGUCCUCUGAUGGAGGCCAUCGAGGUGCUGAACAGGGAGGUGGGCAAGUUUGGCCUCGGCCGGUUCGUCGGGCUCGAGCCGCUGUCGACCGACGACAAGGCGCUGGAGAUUCGCGAGGCGCCGGCGGCGGCCAUCAUCAUGGACGCGCUCCGCCAUCUCGAGAUGGCGACGCUCGAGACGAAGACGCUCGAGCUGAAGCAGCAGCUCGAGCAGCAGUGGGUUCGGGAAGCCAUCGCCGGCCACUGGGGAGCCAAGUGCCACAGCAUGUGCGAGGCCGCCAUCGUCGCCUCCCUGCGAGGCGUCGGGGGCCGCGUGACCUACGACAUUGACCACACGAGAUUCCUGCCCUGCUCGAUCGAGGCGACGAAUCCUCGUUAUAUCCGGGAUCGGGACCACUGGGAGCGAGGACAGCAGCUGCGGUGGAGAAAAUGA